AUGUCCAUUGCGUCGCGCCAGGGUAGCACAACCCGAGAUGUCUUUAACCAACUCCGACUUGCAAAGCCUGCUAUUAUAUGUGAACCCCAAGCAACUGGCCCUGUACCGGGCACUGUAUCAUCUCUACGAAAACGCCUCGCAGAUCGGUUUGCGCAGGGCAUAAUUCCUAAAGGCCUAGAGUCCCGGAUCCGUGAAUCCGAUCCUGACGGUGCGGAAGAAAUACCGGAGUCCGCAUAUUUUGACUCUGGACAUAUGUCAGAUGCGGCCCUUGACGUAUUGUGGAAUGAGCUCGAAGAAAUACGAUUAGAAGCAAGACAUUACGUCGUGCAGCCGAUUCUUGGCAAACCCACACAAGGGUCCUCUAAACUACAACUGACAAGUGUACAAUCCCAACAAAUCGAUGGAGAUCUUCUACCUAUGGUAAGGAACAAUCUUACGCGGAUCAACAAAAAGGCAGACUAUGCUUUGGCGUUCUCCUGUCGGGACCCGGAAGUCUCUAGUCUCUAUGAGAGAGUCAGUCUAGGCGGUCACGGUUACGCGAUUAGCCAGACCACGGAUGCUUUUAACAAGCGGACUAUACUGUUCUCUGGUGUAGAAGUGAAGCCUGACGACGGCGGGGAAAAAAAGGAAGCGCUUGCCCAGCUUGCCAUCUGGCUCAGUGGGAAUUUAGAGAAAAUGCGGCGAUUAGGCGAGUUAGCCAAAGGGCCGUUAGAUCAGGCUGAUUGGUUGCUGCCGACUAUUGGGUAUACGGUUGUCGGUCACGACUGGUAUGUCUAUAUUGCAUAUCGACUAGGAAAUGAAGUACAUGUCGUUGGCCCGAUCAGCUCCGUCCGUGCCGAUACACGAUCGACAUAUGGCAUCUUGAAGCUACGUGACUUGGACUCUCGGGUGAGGCAAUACGCUCUAGAUGGAUAUUGGCUCUGGGUACGUGACGAGAUUUUACAGCCACUAGCAAUGCAAAGACUCUCCGACGAUUAG